AGUGAGAAGCUUAAAUAGCGCUCGUCUCUCGGUUCUUCUCAGAAAACACAUCACCUGCUCAGCUCAGCUCAACUUAUCUGCUACCCAUACUGCAGCUCUGAGUCUUCAGUAUCAGCACUACCAACACAGCAUCCCAACAGGAAUUCGACAACCUCUCAUCCCAAGAUGGAGCUGUCUCACGUCGUCAGCGAUGCUUACACCUCCCCCGAGGAGAGCAAGUUGAAGGUUGCCAAGAAGCUGAUGGACUUCAACAACGGCAACUUCUGCUUCACUAACUCUGAUGGUGACGCCAUCUUCAAGCUCGAGGAGAAGAAGGUGUGGUUGAAGGAACUGACUAUCUUGCGCGAUGCCCGUGACUGCCCCGUUGCCAGCAUCCAAAAGAAGGGUCUGUCAUUCCACGACAGGUACCAAGUAUACGAGGGAGAGACCAGCAAGGAGGUCUUCAGCCUCAGGGACAAGUUCAUGAGCGACGGAAAGGAAGAAACUUACGUGGUCGAGUUGGAGGGAGCUCCGGAACCCAACAUCGAAGUCAAGGGUGACUUCGUUCGCCGCAACUACUCAAUCAUCCACAACAACCAGUUCGUUAUCGCCGAUGUGGCGAAGGCUAGCUCGAUCACAUCGUUUUUCACUGGCAAGAACCAAUACGCUGUGACCAUUCGCCCCAACGUUGACCAGGCCUUCAUCGCCACGAUCGUCACCAUCAUGGAAGCCAUCCACAACGAGAUGAAGGAGGAGAACGGCGACGGAGAUAAGUCGUCAGACGAUGAAGAGUAAACUUGCCCAACAUCGAUGCUGCAAUAGAAGAUUUGACCACGACGACAUCUCGAGACUGAAAAUCUCGCCUCAAUUUGAGCUUACAAUCGAUCGUACCGAAAAAGCAUGGGGUGUCAAUGGGACAAAAGUGUGUCUCCUUUGUACAGUUAUGUUCUGUUGAGGUGCUAUCAGCAGGCUUUUUUUCUACUUGAGCACCGCCUCCGUUCACAGUAAAUAAAAAUCAAGCAUUUUCAAUGGUG